GUUUUUGUCAGGACUUCAUCUGUCAGUGUGAGUGAAUCCUCCUCUGAGCAGUGCGUAAUGCGCCACAAACGCAUCCAUCGCAUUUUACGCACACAGUUUUCUCGGGUUUCGGACGCUCUCGGUGGUAUCUUUAACGACCGGACCCAGUAACAAGCAGCAGGUGUAAAGCUCCCUGUUCGGAAAUCAUUUCUAAGGCUGUUAUUACUCGUGUCUACACUCGUGUGGAGCCAGAAAUGUUUCUUCAGUUUCCCUGGCGGCGCGCCUGUGCCUUGGUUUCCACGCCGGAGUGGACUGUUUUCCUGCGUGCAGUCCAACGCCUCCAAGCUUUCAUUGGAUUCUAACAGAGGAAAGUACCCUGUGGUUGUAAAGGAGCUGUGCUUCUGCUCUUCAGCUCAGUCCAGGGGAAGGGCCUUUCUGGACAUAUUUCCAAACGAGGAGCUCCGUGAUGCGGCGCCGGAUCCGCGUCCUGCUGCCCCUGCACCUGGUCCUGCUGCUGCUGAGCUGGGCGUCCGGGGCGGGUCGGGUACGGAAGAAGGCCACCAGGGCCCGGCCCUGUCUGGACCUGCCCGAGGAGAUCCUGGAGCAGAUGUUCGGGCGGCUCUCGGUCGGGGUCAUGAGCGCGUUCCACCACGCACUGCAGCUGGAACCGAGGGACAAACUGAACCUGACCUGCCCGGACACGGCUCGGUCCCGGUCCGACACCAAGACCCGCCUCCCGGUCAACCUGCGCAGCAUCUCCCCCUGGGCUUACAGGAUGUCCUACGACCCGACCCGGUAUCCCCGUUACAUCCCCGAGGCCUACUGUCUGUGUAAAGGCUGCCUCAUUGGAGCCCAUGGCGAGGAGAACAGCCGGUUCCGCAGCGUUCCGGUCUACGCUCCCUCUGUCAUCCUGAAGAGAAAGGGUUCCUGUGUCUCCGGUCGGUUCACCUACAAUGAAAUCUACGUCUCCAUUGCCGUCGGAUGUACCUGUGUGCCGAUGCUGGAGAAAGAGAGGGACAUUCAGAACAGCAGCCAGAACCUGGACAGAGCAGAACCUAAGGCCAGACCACGCAUCCCAGCUGGUAAGAAAGUAUAGAGGAAAAAAGAAAAAAGUAUAGAAGAGCUCUGCUGAGUGAUGGAUCCACAUUAACAAGACGGAGUUUAUGGGAUUUUACCUGCAAAGUAGAAGAUCCAACAGUGAAAUGUCCUUAUUUAUAAUGUGGGUAACACAGAACAUCAGACAUCUGCAUCUGUUCAUCUGCAACAAAUGGUUAAAAUGUUUUUCAUCUGAAAGCAAAAACCGUUAUUUGGGACUAUAUUUGUCCAUCCUCAUUCUCAGUUUGACUGUUUUUCUGGACACAGACUGUUCUGAACUGGAUCUAAGAGUCCAACUGUGGGAAUCUUAAUCUGCAUCUGUUGCAUUACAAACAUGGAGAGGAUCUGAAAACCCCAGAGUAAUGAGCAGUUUUCUGUUGUUUUCUCAUUUCACUAGUUUUAAGCAGUGACUGAAACAGGUUUGACCAGAUUUUGAGACAGUGUCCAUUUGGAAAAAACAUGGAUGAGUCAAUUAAAUGAGCUGCAAAAACCAAUGUAUGGUUUUUGCAUCUUAGAAAAUGGACUCUUCCUAUAAAUGUCCAUCACUUUACCUCCACAGACUAUAGUGCCAAAGGGAAACACAUGGUUUCUUUUAAGAGCAAGUCCUUUUGUUUUAGAGUAAAUGCAGAAAAAUAUAUUUUAAAAAAAUCAAUCUGGACACGUAAAACUAAGUUUAAAUAGUAAAAUGGGAACCUCAGAUUAAGAUAUUACAAAUUCUGCACAACAGACUUAAAUAUCAUAUGGGGUUAUUGUUCAUGGAAAUCAUCAAAUGUGAAUGUCCUAUAAAUCUAUCUUUUGUCAUCUGUCUGAAGCAUUUUCUCCUUCUGUGGAUUUUUUUUUAACUAGUUGGAGAAAUUACAAAUUGGAGCCACUUAAUCUGAAUAAUCUGAAACACUGCUGCCACCUAGUGAUAAAAAAAAAAAAAAAUCAGACCACUUUGCACAUCACUGACUCUUAUUAUUAGUAUAAAUCCUUUGACAGCUCUAAUAACUGGAAAAUCAUUGUGUUUUUCAGUUAUUUCAACAUAUUUUCAUUUCUCAGUAUGUGUUGUACUUUCAAGAGACCAAGUCAAGAACAGGAUUAUUAGUCAAAAGCCCAGAAACAGGCGUAACACUGUUUCUCAGGUUGUGUGAUCACAAGUUAACCAGUCAGGGGUUGGAAAAGAAAGAAAAAAACAAACAAACAAACAAACAAAAAAAAAAAAACACACUCAACAUUCUGUAUUUUGGGAGGUGUCAGGAUUUUGUUAUACAAUGUUGACCCAUUUUGUUCUAUAAUUUUGCUUAGUCACUGGUGUUUAAUUCAAAACUAAAAUGUGUAUGCUUACAGCUCUACACCUGAAAAUCUUAUUAUUUAAUUGAAUUUUAAUCAGUAGAAAUACAUGCAGGAAGUGAAAUGUCACACAGGUAAAAGACCAUGUUAUGCUUUACAUACCAAAAAGUCUGGACACAAUUCCCAUAAUUCAGUGGCACUGUUUUGUAGAGCUACUAUUGGCUUAGAAAGUUCAUAACAUACACUUUGUUCUAAGUGUAUGGGACACAAUGAUAUCUUAGUAAAUAUCAGCUCAGGGUUCGUCUAACAGGCAUUUUAUCGAUGUUUGAACCUUAAAGCUCAUGGAUGAAGAUUAAGAUUUUUCUGUCAGUUUUGGAUGAGGGUUAAUCAGUGUUUAGGGAAUUGGUAGCAACUCUCAAAGAUGUUAUUUGCACAAAUGGUUUUUAAUAUGAACCCACAGG